AUGAGUGGUUACCUAGGCGUAGAUGUCGUUCGGGAUUCAAGAUUUAAUAAUGAAUCAAAGACGUAUACACAAUUUUUACGAACUGGUUUUCCUCCACCAUUUGAUAUUUCAAUAGCGGGUAUUCGUGAAAGAGCUGAAGCACUACAUAAAAAAAUUAAUGAAAAACUUAUUGACAAAUUUAAAGGAAAAGAACAAGAAAAAAAUGUUCGAAUUAAUAAUGAUUUAGAAAUACCAAUUACAAUCUACACACCAAUUGAUGUUAAGAAAGAUAAGAUGGUUAUAUUUUUUCAUGGUGGAGGAUGGACAGUGAACAGUCGAAAAACACAUCAAACUAUUGUUAAUAUGCUUGCUGAUGCAACAAAAACGAUAUGGAUUUCAGUUGAAUAUCGUCUUUCACCUGAAUAUAAAUUUCCUAUAUGGCUUGAUGAUGCAUGUGAAGCUACUCGACAGAUUCUUGCCAAUAAAAACGAUUACGGUGCUGAUGAAACGACAAAGAUUGGCGUUGCAGGUGAUAGUGCUGGCGCUGUCAUAUCUGCAUCAAUUUGUCAUGAAAUUAAGAAUCUUGAUUUUCAGAUUCUUAUUUGUGGCCAAUUUGACUUUUUCCAUAAAUUACCAUCACGUACAGAAUUUAAUCAUAAUAUUUUCGUUAUAACGCGAGAUGUACUUGAUUGGUUUUCUUCAAAUGCUUUUCGUAAUGACGAUGACAAGAAAAAUUCAAGAGUUUCACUAUUAGAUAAGGAAUCAUUCGAUUCAUUACCACCCUGUUUAUUCAUUGCUGCUGAACUUGAUCCAGUACGCGAUGAUAGUUAUAAUUACAAAGAACUACUUGAAAAAGCAGGAGUGAAAACAAAAUUUGUUUUGAUUAAAGGCGUUGUUCAUCCGUUUUUUAGCAUUCCAGGUAUAUUUAUAAAAUCAUGUCAAGAAGUAAUUGAAACUGUUCAAGAAUUUAUGGAAAACCAAUAA